AUGGCAUCAUCUCCAAAUCCUACUGAUCAGAACUUCAUUGUAGUGGAUUUCCACUACAAUGGUCAGUUUGCACCCAAUCCCUUAGUUUACUUUGAUCCCAACAGAGCAUCAGUGCGAGAUGUUGACUUUAAUGGGUUUGGGUAUGAGCAAUUCAUGGAAUUCCUUCACAAGCUCACCAACUCGAGAAGCAAAGACAUCUAUUUCUGCCUUCCACAAGAGUCUUUAGGUCUUGGAAUUCAUACACUGGUGAACAACGGUGAUUACAAGGAAUUUUUGGAUUUGGCGUAUGCUAAUGACAAGAGAAUGAAUGUAUAUGUGGAUCACCAUAAUGAACCUAUCUUCGACUGGAUUGAGGCUGAGGAAAGUGAAAGUGAAAACGAAGACUUAGAUGAAGAUGGGAUUCAGUUAUUCAAGAUUCAUAUUCUGUUGAUCAUGAAGAAGAUGAUGCUACCUAUCCAUUUCCAGCAAACAAAACUGCACGUGAUAGAUUUUUAA